AUGGCGUGGGCCCCCGAGUCAGACACUCGAACCCAGCCGCUUUCCAAGUCGGAGCUCCUUGCCGCUUGCCGCGGGUUCCAGACCGGACGGCGCUUGCAAAAUCGAGGAUACGUUCAAGGCAAGCACCUGUCAUGCGGGGCAACUGGCGAGGUGUUCCUUGGCCGUGUUCCAGCAAGCUGCCCAGAAUAUGGGGCCCUUUCCAUCGACAGCUCGCAGGUUGCGCUGAAGCAUAUGCGUGCUAUCAACGCGGCCAUCCAGCGCCAGAUACAGCAAGAGAUUUCGGUGGUAUUCCACUGCCGAGCAAAAUAUGCUGAGGAGGUUGGAGAUCCGGCUUCGCUGGGGCAUCCAUGCAUCGUUGCUUAUUUGGAUUGGUUUGCAGGACCGUCGGGCCUGGACAGAGAAGUCUACCUGGUCAUGGAACUAUGCUCCUUCAGUUUGGCUGACAUGAUCUUUGCGGCAGGAAAUCUCCGAGGAGACUUUGAAAAGUCAUUGGCUGCACAGCGACGUGCGUACAGCAAUGGCGCUGCAGCAGACGGUGGCAUGAAGAUCCUCUCCGAGCCCGGCCGCUUCCGUUUCCCAGAGUCGGAAGUGCUUCAGGUGCUGCGAAACCUACUGUCUGCCCUGACCUUCCUGCAUCGUCAUGGUGUUGCCCACAGGGAUGUCAAGAGCGAGAACAUCUUGUGGGCCCAAGGCUACUACAAAUUGGCAGAUUUCGGUACAGCGGUGCUGCUGGACGAUGCUGCAAAACGUCGAGAUGAGACCGGCACUCUCUGGAUCAUGGCCCCGGAACUGUUGGGUCGACGUCCAUACGGGCUGAACUGUGACAUUUGGUCCCUGGGAGUGGUCCUUUUCGAGGUUGCGACCCUGGGCAAGCCCUUCAACUCCAAGGAACUGCUGGCAUAUCGAAACUCGCCGGAGGCUUUGGCCCCCAAGAGUUUCUGGUCCUUUCUACUUGGAGGGCAAGGAGUUGGUGGCACAUCGACAUCUUCACCUUCACGGGCUGGCAAGGUGCCGUCCUUGCCAGCACACAAGUCUUCGAGAGACGUGACGAGGACACCUUCUAACAAUUCCCGUGCUCCACAGCGAAAGGACAAGCGCAGUGUGACCCUUCCUCCUCUGCCUCGCCAGCAAGAGGCGUGCCCUGUAGAGGAGUGUUCUGCCGAUGCCCUCCAGGAGCGGCGCUUGGCAUUCCUGAAGAAGCGCAGCAGCUUCCGCUGGAUUUACAGCGAGGAGCUCAAGAUCCUUGUCUUUGAAGAGCUCAUGUGCGAAGACCCGGACCGGCGACCGGCUGCUUCUGCUCUGACGGAGAGCGGUGUUCUGCAAAACUUGGUGGACAAGGUGGCAGCAAGAGGUGAGGCCGAAGCUGAGGUCCUGCCAGAUGCCGUGAAUGGCACAGACAGCCUGGAGGGUCUGCUGAGGUGCAUGCGGGCAGAGAACAUGCUUCGGGCCCUUGCGCUGCGAAAAGGACGUCCAGCCUCUGACCCAGCUGAAGGGCCGGUCGCAGCUUGA